AUGGGCUCCAGGGGCCACACCUCGCUGGCCCUGCUUCUAGUGCUGCUGCUGCUCCCGGUCAACAGUGUCAACAGCUUUCAACAAGAAAAGGAUGAUCUUACUGGUCAAACAAAGGGAGAGAGCCAUCGGCCCCUACGGCGAGCCAAGAGAAGAUGGGUUAUUACCACCCUGGAACUGGAGGAGGAAGAUCAAGGACCCUUUCCCAAAUUUGUUGGGGAGCUCUUCAAUGAUAUGUCUCAUAACAUGUCAUUAAUAUAUUUAAUCAGCGGACCUGGUGUGGACGAAUAUCCAGAGAUUGGUUUGUUUUCUAUAGAAGAUCACAGGAACGGAAGAGUGUACGUUCACCGCCCUGUCGAUCGAGAGACAACACCGUCUUUUAUGGUUUAUUUUGAUGUUGUGGAUCGCUUAACAAGAAAGGUCAUGGAUAAUUCCUUGAUUUUCAACAUUAGGAUCGGUGAUGUAAACGAUCACGCACCCCAGUUCCCUGAGAAGGAAUUCAACAUCAGUGUGGAGGAGAACCACCCUGCAGGUCAACCUAUUUUCCAGAUAUUGGCAGUUGAUUUGGAUGAAGAAAAUACCCCAAAUUCUCAAGUCCUUUAUUUCCUUAUUUCUCAAACGCCAUCGCUGAAAGAAAGUGGCUUCCAGAUUGACCGUACUAGUGGAGAAAUACGACUCUCAGGAUGCUUAGAUUAUGAGACGGCUCCGCGGUUUACACUACUAGUUGGAGCGAAGGAUUUGGGAGAACCUCCCCUGACAUCCACGGCCACGGUUCAUGUGAACGUGCAAGAAGGCAACAACCACAGGCCCACGUUUACCCGGGAGAACUAUAGGAUUCAGAUUUCUGAAGGCUGCACAAGCCAGAGUGUGUUACGUCUCCUGGUCCAAGACGGUGACUUGCCAUUUACGUCAGCUUGGAGAGUAAAAUUUCGCAUACUGAAUGGCAACGAAGAGGGGCAUUUUGACAUUUUCACUGACCCCGAGACCAAUGAAGGGAUCUUAAAUGUGAUCAAGCCCUUGGAUUACGAAACUCACCCUGUGCGAAGUCUUGUCAUCACAGUGGAGAAUGAGGAGCUGCUCUUCCCCUGCGAGGGGGGCCAGGUCCGGGGGCCCGUGGGGGCCGCAGCCAGCGCCACUGUGAGCGUGCAGGUGAUGGACGCCAACGACCCGCCAGCCUUUCACCCCAGGAGCUUUGUCGUCAGCGAGCUCGACGGUGCCAGGCCUGGAAUUCAGUUGGGAAUUUUCAAUGCUACAGAUCCAGACAGAGCUGCCAGCCGGAUAAGGUAUAAACUGGCUUAUGAUCCAGCACAUUGGGUCACCAUAGAUGAACUCUCAGGAACAGUUACCACCAGGCAGCAAAUUGACCGAGAAUCCCCUUAUGUAAAUGACAGCUUUUACGUAAUCAUCGCGCACGCUGUUGACGAUGGCCUCCCGCCACAGACCGGGACAGGGACCCUGAUGCUUUUCCUGUCUGACGUCAACGACAACGCCCCUGCUCUGCAUCCCCAUUCUCGAUACGUGGAAGUCUGUGAGUCUGCACUGAAUGAGACCCUCCUCCUCCAGGCAGAGGAUGGUGACCUGGAGCCCUAUGCAGACCCCUUUACAUUUGAAUUGGACAAAUCGUGGGAAAGUGAAGGAGACACAUGGAAAUUGGGGGAAAAUCGGGGUUGGUCAGUUGAACUUUUAAUGUUGAGAAGCCUCCCACCGGGUAAUUACUCAGUGCCACUGCUCAUCAGAGAUAAACAGGGACUCUCCCAGAAGCAGACUGUCCAUGUGAGGGUCUGUUUCUGUCCCGAAGGAGUCAUGUGUGUGGAGCCCUCGGUCGCAGUCACAGGAACUGGGCUCCUUGUGGGCACCCUGGCCCCUCCCUGUGCAGCGUUCAUGAUUCUGGCAGCCACUCUGCUGUUCCUGCUGCGAUGCUAUUUUUUGUCCAAAGUCAGGCCCAGAAGCUCUGAGGAAGGCCAGCAGACUCUGAUCGUGUAUAACGACGAGAGCAAGGCCAUUUCAUCCCAGGUAGUGGAGUCUAACGCUUCCUGUUUCCUGACAGUGACGUCCAUAGUCCAUGUACAUGGUUUUCUACUCACGGAGCCCCCGUCGCUUCUUCACGCUCACUCAUAUUUGAGUAGAAAAUGGAUCCACAGGACAUGCUACCACGUGCCAGCGAGAGCACUGGACCAGGAGUACUUUGUCUCGGGGACUCCAGGGCAUUCCAGAAGUUCAGUGCCUGUUGCAGUUCACCAGGACACCGUGGUGCCCAGACGAUGCCUGGACACAAGGGCACUGAUGGUGGCGGAGGCCCUGAAUCAGAAGCUCUGUGGCAUGGAUGUGCUCGCAGGUGACACUGGGGACCCGCCGCACAUCUACGCAGAGGAGGGAGAGUGUGAAAGAGCAGAAAGCCUCAGCUCUCUUGCCUUCUCAGAGCCGGACCCAUGGGCUUCAAAGGCUGCUCCACUUGAAGAAGAAAUAUAUUCUAAGUCAGGCGUUCCUUCCUAAAAAAAGCAUGUUUUGGAGAAAUGGACUAAUUCAUGGAGGGUAAUCACUGUUCAAGGAUGUUCUUUUUCUUCUCGCCCAUCCUCCUCUUUCUCCUUCUUAAAUCCCUCCUCGCCCUAAUAUGAGGAUAACCAUGAGCCUGGAUUAAAUGCUCUGAUAUUUUCAGAGCAGACGUCUUGCACCAAAGCAAAACAAUAGGUCAUGCUUUUAUUUUUAAUGUGAAUUUUUAGAGAAAUCUUAAUUUAAUUGUGUAACACCUCAUUUCUAUUAACAGCCCUGCUCUGAGGGGAAAUGAAAUGAUAACUUAUAGAUUACCCAGCAAUUUGGUCACAACAGGUAAUGCUGGGGAAAAAUGAAAAUGGAUUGCUUUUAGUGAUUAUGUACAUUUCUGUAAUUAUGACCUGCUUCAGUUUAAAUAAGAAAAUAGAUGCAUAGGGUAAGGUGUAAUAUUUGUGAUCAGUAUUUUUAGUGGUUGUCAAGAAACAAAUAUUGAUUCCUUUUCACUUUUUGAGUAAAUAAGUUUAAGACAAAGGAUAAUGCGUAGAACUUUAAAAGCCAUACACACUGUAACACAUGAAUGGACACAAGGUAACUUGCAUUUAUUAUGGACUUGAAAGAAUUUAGGAGCCGUUGAAUGAAUAAAUUCCAGUUAGAUUUUAUCUCUAAACAAAAUUCAAACUUCAACCGGGUUUUUACUCGUCCACUUACUGCUAGUUUGUGUGUGCGUGGGGGGGAGGAGUUUCUUUUAAAAUUCUUUUUAGAAAUUUGAACAGCAAGACAUAUACCCUAAAAACACUUUUCUUGUCUGAGUAAAGGAUGCAUGAUGCAGGACAAAAGGGGUGCAGGUUCCUGACACCAUGAAGCCCUGAGGGUCCCAUCCCCUGAUCACGUUAUCCUGGACUCAAGAUCAGGGAGGCUUAAAUAUGUCUUGUUUAAGCCGCCACUCUUUUGGGUUUUCUGCCACCCAUGAGUAAACCUAAUCUUUACUGAUCCGAAAGGACGGACCACAAGUAGCAGGAUAGUAAUAGUGAUAUGAUAAUGAUGGUAAUAAAGAGUAAUAAAAACAAGAGUUUUCUUGUCUGAGUAAUUUUACUUAGUAAACAGGUAAGCAAAAUUGUAAAUGCUAUCAGAACACUUGAAUAAAUACAUUGGCUAUCUAAAAGUCUACAGCCAAAUCCUAAAAAAUUUAUAUAACUGAUGGUCAUCAUUGGUGAGUGGCCUCCCGCGCCCCAGGAUCUAUCAGGAGAAACACAUCUUCGCUGUCCAAUCAGUGAAGUAUUACAUUAAGUCAUUCUAGCUGACUCAGGGUUAUAACUUCCCCUUCUUUCCGAAGAAGCUGUACAGAUAUUUAAAGAAAUCUCAAGUGUUUGUACAUGGUUACUUCACUCAUCCCUGAGUGCUCUGGGUAACUGAAAAGGAAGAAAAACCAUCUCCAGGGGCGCUUGGGUGGCACAGCAGUUAAGCGUCUGCCUUCGGCUCAGGGUGUGAUCCCGGCCUUAUGGGAUCGAGCCCCACAUCAGGUUC